GUUAGAGAAAGUUUGUGGGGUACUCCCAGGUUCGGCAAAACAGAUGUGCACAGAAUUUGUCGACGAAUAUGUCGAYCCUAUCAUUCAAGCCCUGGCCCAAAUGUCACCAGAGAUGGUUUGCCAGGAACUUGGCCUGUGUAAAGCAAACGAAAUCAAAGUUCGCGAUUUAGUCAAAGUCAAACCUAUCAAAGCAUCACCUCAAUGCGAACUGUGUGAGAUGAUUGUGAAGGARCUUGAUUCGCUGCUCUCGGAAAACUCCACACAGGAAGAGAUUGAGCAAGCCUUGGAGCAAGUUUGUGGCUUGUUGCCRUCUGCAUACAAGGAUGAGUGUGAUAACUUUGUUAAGCAAUACGAGCCGGCCAUUGUUCAAAUCUUGGUCAAUGAAAUAAGCCCAGAUGUGAUAUGCACUGCCCUUCAACUUUGUGGAUCUUCCAGGUUUAUGAAAGAGGAAAUGAUGCCAAGCAAUGGUAAUAUUACAAUAUGCAGCAUGUGCGAGACCCUCUUGGGUAUUGCUAAGAAGUUAGUCGAGGACAACGAAACCGAGGCUGAUCUCGAGAAAGCAUUGAGGUUGAUAUGCUGGUACAUGCUGCCUGUCAAACAACAGUGUGAUGACUUCAUAAACAAGACAAUUCCUCUCAUUUUUAACGAACUCAAGAAACUUGAUCCAGAUACUAUUUGUAAACAACUUAAACUAUGUCCAUCUGACUUCUACCCGAAUGAUGUCAGGUGCUACCUGAAGGGGCGUAAUCAGUGUGAAGACCCUGAACUUGCCAAAAAAUGUGGUGCCAACUGUUUGAUAUGAAAGGCUAGUAAUCAUGCACAACUUGGACCAUUGCACCUGUUAAUCUACGCAUUGCUGAAAAAGACAACAUGUUAGCUGUAGUGCUAGGUCAUUGCUCAACAUGGAAUAUUGCAUUGAUCACUAUAUUAAAGAUUAUGCCUUUUUAAGGCAAAAUGACAUUUCUUAUUUUAGAGUGAAGGCAUUGAUCCUGUGAAAUAAAAGUUAAUAAUUAAACUGUAAUAGUCAAAUAGACACAAAAGAAAACAAUGGAAUUAUCGAGUAAUAACAUGUAAUAGUCAAAUAUGUAUUUCACGGGUUCAUUGACUUCACUCUAAAUGUAAUCCAUAAAACUGAAUACAUUUGUUAAGUAUGAACAUUCGUUUUUUAUUUUUAAUUGCGUUUGCAUUUUGGAAAUAAAACCUUUUUUUAUCAC